GCCAGUCCGUACAUCUGUUUGCACGAUGUCCUAAAAUAUCAAUCUAUGAGGACACUUCAACUUGAUAGAAUAUUGAAAACAUUGUCUAUUAAACCGAAAUGCUUUUGUUCGUAUUAUUUGCGUGUUUGAUUUGCUGUAAUAAAGGAGUAACAUGUACGAACUGCCCAAACGGUUGGAUCGCUCACGAAAUUUCGUGUUACCUCUUUGGUCAUGAGGACAACUUACUUGAUUUCACUACUGCCGAGCAAUUCUGUCGCCAGCGCGGCGGUCAUCUGAUUCACGUGGAUGACGCGCAAGAAAACGCCUUCAUAAAGGACCAGCUAAAUGAACGCAAACCUAUUCAUUGGUGGCUUGGCAUAACUGACGAAGACGCGGAAGGGGUCUGGAGAUGGUUUGACGAUGACACUGUGGCUGAAUAUACAGACUUUGAGUCGAAUGACCAUUCCCAUCCAGGAGAAGACUGUGGGUUGUUUGCAUCAAUCUAUGAGUUCAGGUGGGCUGACAUUGAAUGUACGGCUCACUACCCACCUCUUUGCGAACUUAGUGCACGCAACACUGAGGUCGAGACUGUUGGCUAAUAUCGAUGAGAUGACAUCUUGACACUUUCUUACUUCUUUUGUGUACAAGGACGAAUAUGUGUAAUUAAUGUACCUUUGAAAAUCAAUAUAAGACAUAACGUAUUUGGUUAGAUAUAAGGCUUCAUGUUAGUUUGAUAAAACGAAUAUAUUAUCGUGUAUUGUCGCACACACGUGGAAGCGCGUAGGCACUUAAUAAACAAAUCCGAUGAGAUUUGGGGAAGAAAAUCGUGUAAACUAUAUUCACAUGUUGAAAUUUAUUCAAACAACAGUCAUAUCGGACAUGCUCAAAUUAAGGCAUUACCACUGGCUGUUCUUAGUUGGUCAUCCAACUGUUAUCAUUUAAUAUAUACUGGUGUGUUUUGUUUCAUUUAAUAUAUACUGGUGUGUUUUGUUUAUAGUCAUGUUAUAAUAUAUAUGCAACAUCGGGAAAUGCCUUCAUGCACAAUGCCUUAACAUUAUUAUAGAGUUUCAAUAUGUAUUCAAUAUGUAUUUAUUUCAUAAUUUAAACCUAUAAUGAACUUAGAUUUAUAUUGUCUCAUUUAAACAUUUUUACCCCAAAAGGUCUCUAAGGAUGUGAAUAAACUAUAAACAUGGCAAUAAUAAAAAGAAUAUCUAAGAGGUUCUAACACAA